CGGGACACGUCCCAGCCUGACGUAAGGGCGCGCGGCAUCCUGGGAUAUGUAGUCUGGCCGGAACCAGCGCACCCCCUCGGAUGAAUGGGGCCGGGGCUGACAGCGAACUACAGCUCCUCGGCCGGCAGCGUUGGUGGCGGCCGCCGGGGAAAAGGAGACUGUGGCGGCCCCGGGGAAGAGCAGCGCUCUGGGGAGGUGGCGAUGUGCUGUGCCGCGGCCAGGGUAGCAGCCCGGCUUCCUGGGGUAGCGGUAUAGGCGGGCGCUUCUUCUGCGCGCCCGCUUCCCUUCAGCCCUGCGCCGGCCAUGCGCCCGCUCUUCGCGGUGGGCCUGGUUUUCGCAGGCUGCUGCAGUAACGUGAUCUUCCUCGAGCUCCUGGUCAGGAAGCACCCGGGAUGCGGGAACAUUGUGACAUUUGCACAGUUUUUAUUUAUUGCUGUGGAAGGCUUCCUCUUCGAAGCUGAUUUUGGGAGGAAGCGGCCAGCUAUCCCAAUAAGAUACUACGCCACAAUGGUAACCAUGUUCUUCACCGUCAGCGUGGUGAACAACUACGCCCUGAACCUCAACAUCGCCAUGCCCCUGCACAUGAUAUUCCGAUCUGGUUCUCUAAUUGCCAACAUGAUUCUGGGAAUUGUCAUUUUGAAGAAAAGGUACAGUGUAUUCAAAUACACGUCCAUUGCCCUGGUGUCUGUGGGGAUAUUUAUUUGCACUUCCAUGUCAGCUAAGCAGGUGACUUCCCAGUCCAGCCUGAGUGAGAAUGAUGGAUUCCAGGCAUUUAUGUGGUGGUUACUAGGUAUUGGCGCACUGACGUUCGCUCUUCUGAUGUCAGCGAGGAUGGGCAUUUUCCAAGAGACUCUGUACAAGCAGUUUGGAAAACACUCCAAGGAGGCGUUGUUUUAUAAUCAUGCCCUUCCACUUCCUGGAUUCAUCUUCUUGGCCUCUGACAUUUAUGACCAUGCCGUUCUUUUCAAUAAGUCUGAGUUAUAUCAAGUUCCAGUCGCUGGUGUGUCCGUGCCCAUCAUGUGGUUCUACCUGCUCAUGAAUGUCGUCACUCAGUACGUGUGCAUCCGCGGCGUCUUCAUCCUCACCACAGAGUGCACCUCCCUCACCGUCACCCUCGUCGUGACCCUGCGCAAGUUUGUGAGCCUCCUCGUCUCCAUCUGGUACUUCCAGAACCCGUUCACUCGGUGGCACUGGCUGGGCACCCUGUUUGUCUUCAUUGGGACCCUCAUGUACACAGAGGUGUGGUCCAGCCUGGGGAUCGCAAGAAGCCAGCCUCGGAAGGAGGACAAGAAGGACUGAGGUCCGCCUGGGAGACGUGUGGUGCUGAGCAGGGUCUGGCUGCCAUCACUUUGUUACCGCCGAGUCACCGGUACUGAGCCGAGCGUACCGGGGAUCCUCGGGAGGGGACGUCCCAGACUCCACGUGGCUGCACAGACCCGCAUCGUGGACUCGGCAUAGAAACGCUCAGUCCCGAAUUAGAAAAGAGAAUAGUUACCUGCUUUCGAAACCCUUUGUUAUUUCUGUUUUGUUUACCAAAAUCUUCAGUACUGUACCUGCUGACUGAAUUGAGUCCCCAGAGCUCCUAGUUUUCUGUCGGUGGACAAGACCACCGCUUCUGUUGUUCUGACGCUUCUCUGCCUAAUGGGCCCUUUCACCAUGUCCUGUCCUUCCGCUCUGUCGCCUCCCACUUGUCGGUCAGUCAGCGACUCCUGGCGGCAUCGUCAGGAACAACCGACUGACAGGUGACCUGGAGCACUGGUGGCACGAGGGCUGGACUUCUUCCCCGUGCUGGGAGCGAGGCCGUCGUCCCUGGGAGCUGAGCCCUGGUGGCACGGGCAGACUGGUGGGACCCCUUCCCACGUUGUAUUUCCUAUGCAAAAGUUACAUGCUUGCUGUGCUUAGAACUCACCUGCAGCAUCUCUCUGUGGCACAGUGUUAACAAGAAAAAGAGGUUGUCUGUGAAUUGGGAAAGACAUUUUUCCCCUCAGUCUAGGGCCAUGAGCUUAGAACCGAGAUGGUGACACCAGGGUGGCCCAGGAGAAGCUGGCUCUGGUCAUCAUCCAGAGAGCGACAGCUUCGCCAUCCCAGGCCCUCACAGGGCUCCUUCCAAGUGGGUAGGUGACGUCCCUGAAAGGCUUCUCAGCCAAGGGUACUGUGCCUGGCAUUCUGAUGGAGCCACAGGCUGGUGAGUGUGGUGUAUAAAUCAGGUCAAAUCACAACUAAAGUGGAUAGCUUUCCUUAUUUGUCUAUAACACAUCUUAGUGUUCUUAUGGUGUUUGUGAGGUGGGGAUGGUGUGUGUUUCAUCCCGUGUAGAAAGGUGCCCCCCACUAUCUGGUUUUCCUGCCCUGGCAGAUUUCCUUAGCCCUGGACCUUGACCUCACAGAAGUGCGUGCUCUUCCGUAGGCUGUUGAACAUACAGGCCACUCUCUGCACACACGCACGACUUUCCUUUCCCCUGGGUGCAGAUUGUGAUCGUAAACUGCAAUGUGGCUGUACGGGUCCCCUGGGUCCACCCCAGGGUGGGGGACGUAUAUUCCAGUGCCUGGAGCUGUUCUGUGAUGGGGUCUGAGAUAAGCGUCCUAGAAUUAUUGGGUUACUUUGGGGAAGUCACUUAAGUUGCCUGAGUUUGGGCAGGUCCAGAUGGCAGUGUAAGAGGACAUGGAGCUUGUCCCCUCCAUGAACACACCGAAUGCACAUCUAUAUUUAGAGUGGUGGUCUCUGAGACAACUAAGGGACCACCGGACAGCUUCUGCACAACAAAGAAGAGAGGGAGAGGCCACCUACAGGAGCUCAGAAUCUGAGGGAACCCACUAGGAUCAGAGGAGCGGGUGAGCAUCAUAUUUGCAUGUUCCUUACACUUGGUGAGAGCUCUCCCCAGGUGCUCUGGCCAACCUGCAAGGCCACAGCAGUAUCCCCAGUCACC